AUCAUAUGCAGGGAGAACUGGGCUGCAAUGGAGGUCAUGCCCCCAUCCCAGUGCCGACCGCCACCAACUGUCACCCAGACAGCACCAGCCGUGCUCAAGAAUGUCUGUAGGCUGCAGCCAGUGCAGCCUGUACUGCAAACGUUGGCUGGCACCAGUGUUGAGGCGGGCUCUGCUGCGAGCACACAAACAUGGAAGCAUUGACGAGCUGAUCAUGUAAAGCUGGAGCAGAGGUUCGGCGCCACUCCCCCCCCCCCCCCCCCCCCAUCCCGAUUGCAGGCCGCGUCCAGCCCCAUGUCCAAGCUCCGCUGGAUCACACAGGAAAGAGACAGGUGUGAGGUACCGGAGAAGAGGGACCCAUCACUUCCAUUCCGGAUGUCCGAGUGUCCACCCGUCCUGUGUGACCCUGCUGUCAGUAUAAAAGGAGCACCGGUGGCUGGGACCCGGGAGCUAAAGAGGAGGUUUCCAUUUGAGAUCUCCCUCCCACAACAGAAACAAUCAACUACAGUAGAGGUAUUUUUCGUCUCUCCUGCUUGGAAUGUUUGAUGCGCCCCAUGACCAGAAUGUGGGAUGAGCUCACUGCAAACUGUCCAAGCUAAGAGAGAUCACUUGGUAUCUAAACUGGCUGAAGGCUCUCGGGAAAAAUAUGAAUACUUGCUUGAUCACCUUCUCUCAUGGAAUGUCCUCAACUGGGAAGACUAUGCAGCAGUCAGUCUUGUAAGCUCACCCUUGUCCAAUCUAGUCAGGCAUCUGCUAGAUGUUAUCACCUGCAAAGGUGAAACGGAUUGUAAACACUUUUUAGAUGCUUUUCGGAAAGUUGAGAAUGCAUCCCAUGAGGACGAGGUCUGUCUGCAGGUUCCUGAGGAUGUUUCUCAUCCUUGUCAGUAUCUACAAAGUCAGCGGCCAAGGGUUGUUCGAUUAUUGUGUAACUACAUAAGUGCUAUUUCACAACAACUUGUGGAGCGUGGCUAUGUCUCAAAAUUUGAAAUUGAAGAAAUACAACUACUUAUCUUUUCAUCUCCACAAAAGGCAAGACGACUCCUUGAUCUCAUCAGGUUAAAGGGAAAUGAUCCAGCCCAUUAUCUGAUAGCAUUUCUCCGCAGCGUAGAGCAGGGGGGCGCAGCACAAGUUGCAGAUGUUUGUCUGGCAUAUCAGAAGAAAUUGAAAAGCACCGUUUCUGCCCAGACAAAGUUCCUUAGCACAUACGAUGGGUCUGAGAAUAUGUGCUUGGAGGACAUCUACACAGAGAAUGUUCUGGAGAUACCAAAAACUUCAAACAUGUCAGAACAUAUUCAAGGUUUCCAGAACCAGGGACUUCUCGACAUUUUUAACUCCCAAGGACUUGUUAAUGAAGAGGCAGAUACUGUUCUAAUACUUGGACAUGCAGGGAGUGGUAAAAGUACAUUGCUACAGCAAAUCCAGCAUCUAUGGGCUGAAGGUCGAGCAUUUAAAAAAUUCAGCUUCAUCUUCCCAUUUAGUUGUAGGAGGUUGUGCUGCAUCGACAAGCCGAUUUCUCUAAAAUCACUUCUUUUCGAGCAAUGUUGCUGGCCAUCAGAACAACUUCAGGAUGGAAUAUUCCAGUUCAUUCUGGACAAUCCUGGCCAAGUGCUCAUUACUUUUGAUGGAUUUGAUGAGUUCAAAUUUGCUUUCACAGAUCAUAUAAAGCAUUGUUCUCCAAUUGAGUCUACAAAUGUAGCAAGCAUUGUUUUUAACCUGAUCCAAGGAAAUUUGCUUAAAGACUGUAUAAAAGUAGUAACCAGCAGACCCGAUACUGUGACGGCAGAUUUGCGGAAAUAUGUCAAAAAAGAAUUUCAUUUGAAGGGAUUUUCAGAAGAUGGGAUUGAGUUCUUUAUGAAGAAGCAUCAUCCAAACACAUCAGACGACAUCGUCAGUUUGGUAAAAGCCAAUUCCUCUCUUCAUGGGCUCUGUCAAAUUCCGGUUUUCUGCUGGAUAGUGUCAAAGUGUCAUAAGCAACUCAUUGAAUGUGGUGACAAAACACCGCAGACCAUGACUGAUAUGUACUUUCUAACUCUAAAACAUUUUCUUAUUCAUUCUUCACCAAAUUCAUCUCUAAAGAAGAACAUUCUGUCCGAAAGACUGAAUUCAAUUAGGCACCUUGGUAAAAUCUCUUUCAGUGGUCUCUGCCAAGGGAUGUAUGUGUUUUCUGAUCAAGAUCUUGCUAACGCAGAUGUUACAGAAGAAGAUAAAUCAUUAGGGUUUCUUGUCUUCUCCAAGAAUUUUGCAAAUGAACAACUAAUUUCUACUCAAUACUAUGAAUUCCUUCAUAUCACUUUCCAGUGCUUUUUUGCAGCACUGUACAUUGCAUUGAGUGAUGAUGUGGAUUCUACUUCUCUAUAUCAGUUAUUUAAAUGGAACAGGAAGUCAACAAGAGAAUCGCUUGUACAAAGGCUACUUCCAUGUUUACUCGGUGGAAGACCAAAUAAUCCUAUAAUACAGAACAUGGAGAUUCGAAAUCUCCAGAUCACAGCAACAUUUGUCUCUGGUCAGUUCUCCUCUGUACUUUAUGAUACUUUGCUUGAUUCAUGGAAGUCAGAAAAACUGCCUAGGAAAUGUAAAACCAUUAAGAGAUAUUUGGCUAGAGGUAUCCAGAAACACUUUAAGUCUAUACCACCUGCCGUGAGGGAUGAAAAGAAAAGCAUGCAUGCUAUGCCUGAAUUUGUAUGGCUCAUAAAGUGUAUUUAUGAAAUGCAAAAUGUUCCACUGUCCAAGAGAGCAGUGGAAGGUCUUGUGGUUGAUCACUUGAAGAUGACUUACUGUGGGAUCGGACCUACUGAAUGCACAGCAUUGGCAUAUGUACUGAAGCAUUUAAAGAACCCAGUUGGCAUACAGCUGGAUCACAAUUCUGUUGGUGACAUUGGAAUUGAGCAGUUGAUACCCUGCCUUCACAAAUGUCACGCUCUGUAUCUGAGAGAUAAUAACAUCUCUGACAAAGGACUGGGAUGUCUCAUGAAGCAUGCUUUACAGUGGCCACACUUCCAGAAGAUUGCUUUAUUCAACAAUGAGCUGACUAGUGAAUGCAUGAAUUCUAUUGCAAACAUGUUGACGGAGAAACAGAACUUUUUGUCCUUAAGGCUGGGGAAUAACUUUAUCAAUGAAGUUGGAGGACAGAUACUAGCCAGAGGACUAAGUGAAAAUAAAUCUAUACAAUACCUAGGGCUGUGGGGUAAUCAAGUAGGCGAUCUUGGGGCAAAAGCUAUUGCUGAUGUGUUACAAAACAACAAGAGUUUGGUGUGGCUCAGCUUGGUGGGCAACAACAUAGGAAGCGUGGGAGGACAGGCGCUAGCUGGCAUGUUGGAGAAGAACACUGUGUUAGAGGAACUCUGGUUUGAUGAAAACAAACUCCAGGACAGUGACGCCAUCUCGUUAGCAGAAAGUCUGAAGAUAAACCGCACCUUGAAGGUUUUAAAGCUUUCUAACAACAAUUUCAGUUACCUCGGUGUCUCUGCCCUGGCUGACACUCUGAAGUACAACAGCAUUAUUACGGAAGUCUGGCUCAAAGGAACUAAUCUCACAUCGGACGAGAUGGAAACAUUUGACAAAUUUGAUCACUUAUUUGUAAAAGGAUGAAGAAAUGAUCAACUGUAAUAAAGCAGCCAUACAGAACCAGCUGACACAGCCUGAAAAAGAAAUCGUGACUAAAUAACAUUAUAUAUAGAUAUUACUAUCUACAAGAGAAUCUACCGAGCAGUUGUAGCAAACUAAUGGUUCAGAUAUCGUUCUUUUUUCUUGGUGUUUUUUUAUAGCCCCAGCGCUGAAAUGUGGACAGCUGCAAACAGUAUGUGUGAAAGAACAAUUGCAUCCUAGGAAUAUUUUCUAUUGUAUUUAUAAUACCGUUAGGGCUUCUCCAUAACGGUUUACAUAAAGCAAUAUUGCUUGUUUUAACUUGCAAUGGGGCCGUUACACUAAUUAAUAUAAAUUACACAACACACGGUUUUUAUAAUAGGAUACAGAAGAGUAUAUUAGCAGUCACGGUUGACCCAUUUUCUGAAUUUUGUAGUGACACAGGAUAGCAGAGCAGUGGCGUAACUAGAAAUUUCUCUUACGUCCUAAGGGAUGCUGGGGACUCCGUAAGGACCAUGGGGAAUAGACGGGCUCCGCAGGAGA